UCCCAGAUUCUCUUUCUCUCGGAUUUACCAAGGCUUCUCCCAUCUCCACACCUCAAACUCUCUCUGCAAUACCAGAAAAACCCCAAAACAUGAACAAGAUGACAGAAUCCGGGUCCUCAUUUCUUUUCUGGUUCUCCUUCCUCUGUUUGCUUCAUUAUCUUCCUGUCAACUCUGCCAAAUCCCUACCUCCUAGAUUCCCAUCUUCAUUGAUAACCCCAGAAGAGAAGGUAUCACUUUCUGCUCGUCAUAACCAACUUUACAGAACCAAAUACUUCACCCAAAUCCUCGAUCAUUUCAAUUACUAUCCCAAAAGCUACGAGUCUUUCCAGCAGAGGUAUUUGAUAAAUGAUACGUUCUGGGGAGGCGCCAAGAGCAAUGCUCCGAUCUUUGUCUACACUGGGAAUGAAGGAAACAUAGAAUGGUUUGCGCAGAACACUGGUUUUCUAUACGAGACAGCUCCUCAUUUCAAAGCCCUCAUCAUUUUCAUUGAGCAUAGGUUUUAUGGGAAGUCUAUACCUUUUGGGGGCAAGAAAGAUGUGGCUUACAGCAAUUCAACUACACUUGGAUAUCUAAGCUCCACACAGGCCUUGGCGGAUUAUGCUUCCUUAAUUAUUGACUUGAAGAAAAACUUGACAGCAACGGACUCACCUGUAGUGGUCUUUGGAGGUUCCUAUGGAGGAAUGCUAGCAGCAUGGUUUAGGUUGAAGUAUCCCCAUGUUACGAUCGGAGCUUUGGCAUCAUCUUCUCCAAUCCUAAAUUUUGAGAACAUUACAUCUCCAUAUAGCUUCAACAAUAUAGUCACUGGAGACUUUAGGAGCGAGAGUGAGAGUUGUUACAAAGUGAUCAAAGGAUCGUGGCAACAGAUCGAAGACACCGGAAACCAACCUGGAGGGCUUGAGUUACUCCGAAAAUCGUUCAAAAUAUGCAAGAAUGAUUUUAGAUCAGGUGAUCUUGAAGGUUGGCUUGGAACCGCGUAUAUUUACACAGCAAUGACAGAUUAUCCUACUCCCUCAAAUUUCUUAAGUCCCAUGCCAGCAUAUCCAGUGAAACAGAAAAUGUAAUUUUAUUGGCGGGCAAUAGAUGAUCCAACGACAGGAAAUGAUACAUUUGCGAAGUUAUAUGGUGCAGUUACUGUUUACUAUAAUUACACUGGGACUGCUAAGUGUUUUGAUCCUACUGAUAACUCAGAUCCUCACGACCUUGGAGGAUGGCAAUGGCAGGCGUGUACGGAAAUGAUAAUGCCAACAAGUGGUAACAAUGAAGAGAGCAUAUUCCCACCUUCUGAGUGGCAAUACAAAUAUCGAGUCUCUUCUUGCGAAAGGGCUUUUGGCAUAGAACCCAGGCCUAAUUGGAUCACCACCGAGUUCGGCGGCCAUGAUAUCAAGAGGGUAUUCAGAAAAUACGGGAGCAACAUCAUCUUCUUUAAUGGCUUAAGAGACCCUUGGAGUGGUGGAGGGGUGCUGAACAAUAUUUCCAAGAGCAUAGUAGCAAUUGUUGCAAAAGAAGGUGCUCACCAUGUUGACCUGAGGUUCAAAACAAGUGAAGAUCCAGAAUGGCUUAAAGAUGUGAGGAAGAAAGAGAUCAGGAUCAUCGCAAAUUGGAUGUCAGAAUACUAUCACGACCUUGCUGAUGACCAACCAUCGUAAUCAUUACUUUCCUUUGGUUCAGCACUGCCUUCCUGACUUAAUUAUCUUUAAUAUUUAACCAAUUUUUUAACAAUUGGCUUACAUGUUAAUCGAAAUUCAAACAAGAAUUGCUUAAGAUCAAUGACAUGUUUAUA